GACUCUUGUUCCAGCUCUAGUUCGUCGUACAAAAUAUUUUUUUCCGCAGCGAAAAACUCAUUUUCCUCGCUCGCCCGUCGAUAUUUUUUUGUUAUUUUCCGUCGGCCACAAUUGGAGCGAUCGAAAGGAGGCCCAGCGGACGUGCGUGAAAAUCCAGGGCCGCGAGUUUUCACCGGAGAGCGAAGAGCGUGAGAAACUGCCGCCAGCACAUCCCGAUUCCCAAUUGGACCCGAGCAGGAGAGCGUUCCAAUAGGAAAACUGCAGCAGCAACAACAACAACAACAUGGCACUGGACAGUGGGACGCAAACGAAUGCGCUGACAUCAUCCUUCACCACCAAGAAAAAGGAUGCGGCCGCGGAAAAGGAGAACCUAUGGUCGGCGAUAUUGAAUGAAGUACAAACACAGGGCAGCACAAAACUUCCAUCAAACAAAUCUGUACUAGUAUUAGGCGACAAUGCCACCGGAAAGACGACACUCAUAGCGAAACUGCAGGGCGUCGAGGAUCCAAAGAAGGGUUCCGGCCUGGAGUAUGCCUACAUCGAUGUCAAGGACGAGUACAGAGACGACAUGACGCGUUUGGGCGUUUGGGUCCUGGACGGCGAUCCAGGACACACAAACCUGCUACACUAUGCGCUCAAUGAAACGAACUAUGCACACACCCUCGUCAUCCUCACCGUUUCGAUGACGCAGCCGUGGGGCUGGUUGGAGCAGCUGAAUCACUGGAUCAAGGUCCUGGGCCAGCACAUCGAGAGCCUGCAGCUGGACGCCAAAGAAAAGGAGGCGGCCCGCCAGCGACUGGCCACCACGUGGCAGAGCUACUGCGAGGUGGGCGACGACCUGGAUCCGGGCUCUCCGGUCAAGCGGACGAUGCGCAACAACUCGAUCGACGAGGAUGACCUGCUGCCGCUGACGGAGGACGCACUAAUUACAAAUCUGGGCCUCGACAUCGUUGUUGUGGUCACAAAGACGGACUACAUGACCACACUGGAGAAGGAGUACGAGUAUCGCGACGAGCACUUCGACUUCAUCCAGCAGUGGAUUCGUAACUUCUGUCUGCGGCAUGGCACCUCGCUCUUUUACACGAGCGUCAAAGAAGACAAAAACUGUGAUCUCCUCUACAAAUAUCUGACGCAUCGAAUUUAUGGUCUACCAUUCCGUACGCCAGCGCUAGUCGUUGAGAAGGAUGCGGUACUCAUUCCGGCUGGCUGGGAUAGCCUGAAAAAGAUUAGUAUUUUGUACGAGAAUAUGCAUGGAGUCAAGGCCGAGAAUCCUUACACAGAUAUCAUCAAAUCGCCGCCAACUAGAAAGGCGGUUUCCAAUCGCGAGACAGAAGUGCAGACGGAGGACGAGCAGGCCUUCUUGGCUCGCCAGCAGGAAAUCCUGAAGCAGGGCGACCAGGUGCGCGGUGAGUCGCCACUGCGAUCGCAGGGAGUGGGCAGCAACAAGAGCGGACCGCGAACGCCCGGCACCGCAGGACAGAGUUCACCCAAGAAGAUUGAUCCCAAGCUGACGCCAGCCACACCCGGCGCCGAGGGCGUUCUGGCCAACUUCUUCAACUCGCUGCUGCACAAAAAGUCGGGCAGUCCGGCGGGUGGCGGUCCGGGCGGCGCUGGCAGUCCGGCGGGACCGGGUCGCACUGCCAACGGUACGGAUGCCAUGAUGACGCCCGAAAAGAUGGCCGUGCGCACGGAUGCGGCCGCCGAGCUGGAUCGAUUAUCGCGCAGCGUGAAGAAGGAGAUCGACAUGUCGCAAAGUGAGUGUUGAGCCGCGUAGUCAACCAGCGACAGCAACAACAACACAGACACCACAGCAAAACACCAGCGGCAGCGGCGACAACCAGAACCAGAACAACAUGAGAAAACAUUAUUUAAGCAUCAAGUGAAUAGGCAGAGACUCGUAGAAAACGCAGGGCCAGUAGUGUUGAGAGGAACCACGAAGAAAACCACAAUUUGAUACAGCUGUUAGAUCAUUUAAUGGUCUGCAAGUUGAUGCGCAGGCUUUUAUCAGUUUUUGGGGGCAUAGUAUUUAAAAGGGGAAACUGCAAAGGCGGCAUACCAAUGAGCUCUAUUAACAAAAAUAUCAUGAAUGAAAUUGAAUUGUUUACCAGGAGAACUUUUGUAAAUGAUUUAAUGAUUAGUAGACUUAAGACUCAAGCGAAGCCAUUGGCAGGUUUCUAACAUUUUUGGAAAUACAAAUUCCAUUUUCCAGCGCCCCCAAAAACUGUUUUAGGGCCCAGGGAUUUCUCAUAAACUUUUCAAAUCUUCCUGGCACUCAUGUGAUGAGUUCCAAAACCACAAGUGAUUCUUAUUACGAGCCUCCUGCGGCAUACUCAAAAAACUUUCGAUAGGAAAUGAAACAAAAACAAAACGAAAACUAGAAAUGAGAAAUGAUAUACAUAACGAUGAACAUUCGCCACUUAAUGGUUUAGCUUAGCGAAAGAGUUUUCUAUAUGAAGAAUAGAUCUGCGAGGCCUAUUGUACUCCUCCCUGCGCAGCUAAUCCCGCUCUGCAUGUGUUUAAAGGGUCCUGGCGAUGGAGAGAGAGAGGAUAAUGAUAAGGAUAAUGUGAAGUAGUUCUUUUUUUUCGUUCGCGGGUCCACACAGACACAUUUGUAUAAUAACUUAUUUAAAGCGCUGUAAAAUGUAAUUAACAAACGGCAGACAAAUGAGAGAUUCGAACAGUCCAAAAUCCCUGCAAUGAGGACGGUAUUCGCCUAGCUUGUAUGUACUUUUUAAUUAUAUUAAUUAAUUACACACCCACACACACA